AUGUUCGCUACAGUCUUGCGCGCUAGAGUCCCGUCUACGAUGCGCAACGUCUCUACACAUAGCGGCAGGGGUAUCACUGCAGUGCUGCAGAAGAACCCAGAUGAUGUGGUCAUUACCUUUGCAAAGCGUACUGCGAUGGGGAAGUACAGAAAGGGUCAAUUCAAGGAUAUUCCAGUGGACGAAAUGAUGCAAGCUUUAUUAAAGGCGACCUUUGAAAAGACAAAGCUCGACCCCGCGAAACUUGACGACAUUUGUGUUGGCACAUGCCAUACUCCUUCCCCGAUGUACACCUCACGAGCCGCGGCUCUCGCAUCUGGCGUCCCUCAGGAUGUUCCCAUCUCGACAGUGAACCGACUAUGUUCAUCCGGCCUUAUGGCCGUCCGAAACAUCGCCCACUCUAUCCAGUCAGGCGAAAUAUCCAUGGGCAUGGCAGUCGGAGUGGAGAAUAUGACACUGAACCCUCGUCUCACGCCUGUUAUAGCCGAAUCUGUAGACAAAGAUCCUCGGGCUCACGACUGCAUACAACCUAUGGGUUGGACGUCUGAGAUGGUCGCUCAAACCUACAAAGUCUCGCGACAGAAGCAAGAUGAGUAUGCCCUCGUAUCCCAUACUCGCGCAGCCAAGGCGAUGGCCGCCGGUAUCUUCUCUGAUGAGAUCAUCCCAGUUGAAAUCCGUGGGACUGUGAUCUCCGCAGACGACACAGUCCGACCUGGCGUGACGAUGGAGACAUUAUCUGGUCUAAAGCCUGCGUUCCAAGAUUGGGGCGAUGCAGCUACCACUGCUGGAAACGCCAGUGGUAUUGGAGAUGGUGCCGCGCUAUGCAUUCUGACAACAAGAGAACGUGCGGAGAAGGAAAACAUGGAAAUUCUCGGAAAAUGGGUUGGAAGCGUCGUCGUCGGUGUCGAGCCGCGCUAUAUGGGCGUUGGCCCCAUCUCCGCUAUUCCCAAGGUCCUUGCGCAAGUUGGUCUCACCAAGGACGAUAUUGACAUCUAUGAGAUCAACGAAGCGUUCGCUUCGCAAUUUGCAUACUGCGUCGAGGAACUUGGCAUUUCCAUGGACAAAAUCAAUCCGAAUGGUGGAGCAAUAGCCGUCACGCAUCCUGUGGGAAUGACUGGCCUUCGUCAAGUUGUCACCGGCCUCGCAGAACUUCGCCGGAGUGACAAGAAACUGUUGUGCACAAGUAUGUGCGUCGGCAGUGGUAUGGGUGCAGCAGGCGUUUUUGUGAACGAGGCACAACCACUUCGUGAAGCGAAGUUAUAG